AUGGCUUCUGCACUUCCAGACAGCAACCAAGCAGUUCCUCCUCUGUCAUAUCCUGGCGAUACCUACACAACUUGCAUUACAAGCGCAUAUAAAGCACUAAAGAGGAGAUUCAGCCUUAUACUUCAGAAGAAUGAUUCUCUUACCAAGAAGGAGAAGUCCUUACGACAGCAACUUAACCAGGCUUUGCGAGACAACUUUCAGAUUCGUGGCGAGUUGCGGCGUCUGCAUGAGAGCUAUGAUAUAUUGGCCAGGGACGCAGGAAGGAUUUCGAUGGAACGAUCACAAGUGUAUGAGCAGCUCGAGAACGAAAGGUUUGAAAGGGAGCUUGGCGACCUAGUUCUCAACCAGUAUAAAGACGAGAUUAAGGAGCGUAAGCAAGAGAUUGAAAGAGAGGUGUUCAAAAAGGAGCUUGGUGAUCUACUCCUCGCUCAGUACCGUGGUGAGAUUGAGGCACAAGACAGGGCUAUAAGAGAGAAGGAUAUACACAUUGAAGCCUUCAAAGCGUCAGUUGCUGCAGCCUCUAGCGAAAUAUCGACCUUAAACUCAGAAGUUCUGAAUUGGAAGCGACGGGUUACGAUCGGCGAAGAGCAGAUCUUGAACUUGGCUCGCAAGCUGGAAGGUAAUAACGAACAGAUAACAAGGCAGAACACUGUCAUUGCGCAACUUGAGAAGGAGCGGAGUGAAGCUAUGGAUGGAUGUCGUUACUUUGAGGCACAAAUUGGGGAACUCAAAACUACGUAUCACGAAUUGCUACUUAGGGUAAAUGCCUUAAGUGCAGGGUAUCAUGAAGACGAGCAAACUAAAGAAGAGGCGGUAAAGGCACACUAA